AACUGUCUGUAAUUCCAGUCCCUGGGAUCCAAAGCCCUCUUCUAGCCUCUGUGGUGAGCAGGAACACAUGUGGUACUUGCAGACUUGGACCUCCAGCUCCAGAAUGUUCCUUCUACUGACCAUACUCCAAGCCUUGGCUGUAGCCAUAGUCCAGAGCCAAGGAGAUCAUAAAAUUAUUGGUGGCUACACAUGUGUCCAGAACUCCCAGCCGUGGCAGGUUGCUCUGCAAGCAGGACCUGGGCGUCGCUUCCUGUGUGGUGGAGUCCUGAUGUCAGACCAGUGGGUCAUCACUGCUGCUCACUGUGCCCGCCCGAUUCUUCAUGUAGCCCUGGGCAAGCACAACAUAAGAAAGUGGGAAGCGACUCAGCAGGUGGUGCGUGUGAUUCGCCAGGUGCCACAUCCCCAGUACCAAUCCCAGGCCCAUAACAAUGACCUCAUGUUGCUGAAACUACAGAGAAAGGUGCGACUGGGACGAGCAGUGAAGACCAUCUCUGUGGCCAGCUCCUGUGCCAGCCCAGGGACUCCCUGCCGAGUGUCAGGCUGGGGGACCAUAGCCAGUCCCAUUGCCAGGUACCCCACUGCUCUGCAGUGUGUGAAUGUCAACAUCAUGUCGGAGCAAGUAUGCCAGCGAGCCUACCCUGGAGCCAUAACAUCUGGCAUGAUCUGUGCCGGGGUCCCUGAAGGUGGGAAGGACUCCUGUCAGGGUGAUUCUGGGGGACCUCUGGUAUGUGGGGGACAACUCCAGGGUCUCGUGUCCUGGGGAAUGGAACGUUGUGCUAUGCCUGGCUACCCAGGAGUUUACACCAACCUGUGCAAUUACCACAGCUGGAUCCAGAGGACAAUACAAAGCAACUGAUCAUUCAUCACCAUCUGAUCAUCACCAGCUGUUUCUGUGCUUUCCCAGCCUCCUCCAUCAGACAUUUGAGUCCUCCCGAAGACAAUAGAGUCCUCUUUAGCCCUCCUUCUUCACACUUAAGACUCCUGCUCCUAGCCUCUUCCUUCAGACCCAGGCUCCCACACCCCAGGCUCCUCCUUCAGACCCAAGCCUCCAGGCCCUAGCUUCCUUCCUCAGAUCCAAUA